GGUGAAGAGAGAUGUUCUCGUCAUCUCUCAACUACUGGAUGCUUGGCAAAAAAGACUACCGGAUAUGGGUACCCAUCUCACCACUGCCGGGGUCCAGUGCCGGGAAUUUGUGACGCAGUGGACGACGACACAGCGUUUUGUCAGCUCUUACGGUAUUGACAAUGGGUCCUGGCUAGGAUCUGGCGACAUCUGGCAUUUGUGCAGAGACCAAGGCAAGAUCCUCGGACAUUUUCCCCGCUCCCGUAGGCGGUAGUCAACAAGUGUCAAAGGGGGAUGGAUGGUAGCAUCGAAGGAGUUGGGUCGCACAUCUUUGUCGUUUGAUGGUCCUGCGGCCUGCCUGAUGGGCGUAAGGCUGCGGCGGGCGCUACGGGGCCCACUUACACGGCAGUCAGGGGUUGAGAUCCUGACUGUGGAAUGAGGGCAGGCGUCGGUGGUCGUGGUGCGUACCUCUGGUGGUUAUUUGGGGUACACACACGGUGUGUGUGGUUGAUACACGUGGUGACAGCCGGGAUCUCGAUUUCUGGCAGCCAUCACCCGUCGGGACUCAGGGGAGGCGGCUCUCGCUCUCAACCUUGUACAGUCGAAGGAUUGCGACAGCACGCAGCUCGAGAGGGGGAUGGAGGAAGAAUUGUGGCCGGCGCGCAUGACAGGGGCGCCUCGUAGAAGACAGAAAGUCUGUGCGCCGUAUCCCAACACGAUGACAGGUCUUGGGCCCGAGCAGAGGUGGCAGAGCAGGGCAGCAACAGCACGGCACGGCCGGUCGUUGUGGGUUUCCCGUGACGGAAAGCGGAAGCAGUUGCUGUGGGGUUGGCAAUCCGGCCGGAGAGUUCCUUGGAGUGCAUCGGUUGCUUUCCGAAGGGCUGCUCGAGUCAGUUGGCAUGCGACACCGACAAGCAUGCUUGGCCAUCAGAUCUGCUCGAGUGUUUGGAGGCCGGCCGCCUACCACGCAGCCCACACCAGGUCGGGGCUCUGCUGCGGUGAGGAGCUCAGACCCAGCGUUCGAGGAGCUCCUCCUAGCUCGGGCUGGGGGAGGGCGUGACCACUGGUGAACACGGUGGCAUCGGCAAUUGGCAUCAUCUGACUUGUGGUGCCGGGCUCUCGGCUGCAACGCUGGCAGGCUGGCAGGCUCAGGAGGGAAGGAAAGCACUCGGAGGCUGCAAGGCGUCGGAGGGCCACCUGAGGCCACCUGAGGCCACCUGAGGGAUCUGGGGGAGGGCCAGGAAUGCUUGUCCAGAGGGCGGCACUGUAACCGGUAGGGCUUCAUUUGCAUGAGAGAAUGCUGCCGCAUGGUGGUGUGCAGGGUUGCAG